CAGGAUAAAUCCAUGCCCUUUAAGUGGCAGACACUGCACUGGACCCUAGAGCAACUGUCCUUCUACAAUGUGGCUCUGUGCUUUGGCACUGAUUUCUUUUUCUGCCUCUGUGACUUUGGCAGGGCACCCGUCCUCACCACCUGUGGUGAACACUGUGCAUGGCAAAGUCCUGGGGAAGUAUGUCAGCUUAGAAGGAUUCACACAGCCUGUGGCCGUUUUUCUGGGCGUCCCCUUUGCCAAGCCUCCUCUUGGAUCUCUGAGGUUUGCUCCACCACAGCCUGCAGAGCCAUGGAGUUUCGUGAAGGAUGCCACUUCCUACCCUCCUAUGUGUUCCCAAGACCCAGAGACAGCACAGAGACUCUCAAAGCUCUUUACUAACAGAAAAGAGACUGUUCCUCUCAAGUUUUCUGAAGACUGUCUCUACCUAAAUAUUUAUACUCCUGCUGACUUGAAGAAGAACAGUCGGUUGCCGGUGAUGGUAUGGAUCCACGGAGGUGGACUGGUGAUAGAUGGGGCAUCAACCUAUGAUGGACUGCCUCUCUCUGUCCAUGAAAAUGUGGUGGUGGUGGUCAUUCAGUACCGCCUAGGCAUCUGGGGAUUCUUCAGCACAGGAGAUGAACACAGUAGGGGGAACUGGGGUCACUUGGACCAGAUUGCUGCACUGCUCUGGGUCCAAGACAACAUUGCAAACUUUGGAGGGGACCCAGGAUCUGUGACCAUCUUUGGAGAGUCAGCAGGAGGUGCAAGUGUCUCUGUUCUUGUAUUGUCUCCUCUGGCCAAGAACCUCUUCCACAGAGCCAUUUCUCAGAGCAGUGUCGUUCUUAAUCCUUGUCUGUUUGGGAGAGAUGUCAGGCCCAUGGCUAAGAAAAUUGCUACUCUUGCUGGGUGUAAAACCACCACGUCAGCUGCCAUGGUCCACUGCCUGCGCCAGAAGACAGAGGAUGAACUUAUGGCGACCUCAUUGAAAAUGAAAUUUGCAGCUGUUGAUUUUCUUGGAGACCCCAGAGAGAGCUAUCCUUUCCUGCACACUGUGGUUGAUGGAGUGGUGCUGCUGAAGACACCAGAAGAGCUUCUGGCUGAGAAAAACAUCAACAUAGUGCCAUAUAUGGUGGGAAUCACCAGGCAUGAGUUUGGCUGGCUGAUUCCCACGUUGAUGGGCUUCCCACUCUCUGAGGGCAAAAUGGACCAGAAGACAGCUGAAUCUCUCCUGUGGCAGUCCUAUUCCAUUCUCAACAUCUCUAAGAAUCUGAUUCCAGCAGCUGUGGAGAAGUAUUUAGGGGGCACAGAUGACCUGGUGAAAAAGCAAGAUCUGUUCCUGCACUUGAUUGGAGAUGUGAUGUUUGGUGUCCCAUCUGUGAUUGUGUCCCGUGGCCACAGAGAUGCUGGAGCUCCCAUCUACAUGUAUGAGUUUCAGUAUAGACCAAGCUUUGCAUCAGACAUGAGACCCAAGGAGGUGAUAGGAGACCAUGGUGAUGACCUAUUCUCUGUACUUGGGGCCCCAUUUUUAAAAGAUGGUGCCUCAGAAGAGGAGAUCAACUUCAGUAAGAUGGUGAUGAAAUUAUGGGCCAACUUUGCUCGGAAUGGGAACCCUAAUGGAGAAGGGCUUCCCCACUGGCCACAGUACGACCAGCAGGAAGGGUACCUGCAGAUCGGAGUCCCAACCCAGGCAGCCCAGAGGCUGAAAAACAAGGAAGUGGCUUU